UGUGUGACACCUGCUCCUGGAGUUGUUUGGAGUCCGGAUCAAUAUAGCGCGUCUACAGUGCGCCGAACUGCAUUUCCCAUGAGGCUGUGCGUAUUCUCAGCGCGUGAGAGAGUGGGUGAACGCUGAGGGUCGCGGCAAAAGGUUUGUCAUCUUUUCCUUUUUAACCCAAUGUUUCACCCCGCACCAGGCCAAGUCGACGAGGGAACCGCUGAUCCUCGCCCCACAGCCUCGGCACACUUUCAGUCAGAUAUGAGCGGCAGCGGGCGGCCCAGGACGACCUCGUUCGCUGAGCCUCAGGGGGCGUCCGGAGCCGCUGCAGCAUCCGCCGGAUCCGCCGCUGUCGUGGGGAGCAACGCAGGAAAGCCCGGGGUCUCGCAGGCCUCGGCGGACAGUUCAUCUGCUUGCGCAAAUUUAAAACUAUCUAGAGACAGUGGGAAGGUGACCACAGUGGUUGCCACCCCAGGCCAGGGCCCGGAUCGCCCGCAGGAGGUGUCCUACACUGAUAUCAAGGUGAUCGGUAAUGGCUCCUUUGGCGUGGUGUAUCAGGCACGCCUCAUUGACAGUCAGGAGUGGGUGGCCAUCAAGAAGGUACUUCAAGAUAAGCGGUUUAAGAACCGAGAACUUCAGAUCAUGAGAAAACUGGACCACUGCAACAUAGUGAGGCUGCGCUAUUUCUUCUAUUGCAGUGGAGAGAAGAAGGACGAGGUUUACCUCAAUCUGGUGCUGGACUAUGUGCCUGAGACCGUCUACAGGGUGUCACGGCACUUCAGCAAAGCUAAAACUAUUAUUCCCAUCUUUUAUGUGAAGGUGUAUAUGUAUCAGCUUUUCCGCAGUUUGGCCUAUAUCCAUUCCCAGGGCGUGUGCCACAGAGACAUCAAACCACAGAACCUUCUGGUGGACCCAGAAACAGCUGUUCUUAAGCUCUGUGACUUUGGCAGUGCAAAGCAGCUGGUGAGGGGUGAGCCCAACGUCUCUUAUAUCUGCUCACGAUACUAUCGCGCCCCUGAGCUCAUCUUUGGUGCGACAGACUACACCUCCAACAUUGACAUCUGGUCAGCUGGAUGUGUGCUGGCCGAACUGCUGCUGGGGCAGCCCAUCUUCCCUGGAGACAGUGGUGUGGACCAGCUAGUGGAGAUCAUAAAGAUACUUGGAACACCCACAAGAGAACAGAUCCGUGAAAUGAACCCGAACUACACAGAGUUCAAAUUCCCACAGAUCAAAGCACAUCCAUGGACCAAGGUGUUUAAACCAAGAACUCCGCCUGAGGCAAUAGCCCUGUGCUCUCGGCUGUUAGAGUACACACCUGUGACACGACUGUCUCCGCUCCAGGCCUGCGCUCAUGCCUUCUUUGACGAGCUGCGCCAACCUGGCACCCGUCUGCCCAGCGGUCGAGAGUUGCCUCCGCUUUUCAACUUCACCACCACAGAGCUGACGAUUCAGCCGCAGCUCAAUUCCACUCUCUUUCCACCUCAUGCCCGCGCACAGACCGUAGCUUCCUCCAACGAUGGCUCUGAAGGUUCUGUACAGCCCGGAUCUACUCUGACCAACAGCACCUGAGUCUCUCAAAAAAAUCAAGCUUACACACCACAGCAUCUGAGCCACCACAGCGCACAUCUCUCCCUCUGACAAACACACACACAGUCUUACACACUCUUUACCUCAUACACGGCUUCUCCUCCCUAUAGCUCCUCCCAUCCACACAUUUACCGCCUGAUUCAGGUGUCACGCGUUGCAGAAUUACCAGUUUCUGCACGGCGGUCUGGGAAACCCGAUGUUUGCUGACUGUUGAACAAACUUGCAGUCUACAGAGAAACAUACUGGACACACACAUACACACCAACACACUGCCAUGCACAUGCAUCAAACAACAACAAAAAGUUAUACUGCUAAUAUUUGCUUCAGAUAAUAGAGGUAGUCAAUCUCGAGAGCGCUCCGAAAGGCUGCGUACGCCCGUAGUAAAGCUCACGCGCAACCAUAACGCAACACCAUGUGUGUUUUGGAGGUCAAAUAUGAUUGGUUCAGUGGCUAGGGGCGGGUCCUCUGUCUUAAUUUGUAUCUUAAUUUAUUUAAAUCAAAGUUAUCGGUGGAUGUUUUCCCUUGAUUUGUUUAGGAGAAACACUCUUGUCCCUCUCAAGAUCCCUAUCCGGUGUAAAAUAUAUUUCGCAGGGAACAAGCAGUCACGGUAAAUUAUGUAUCUUGUUGUAAAUGUCAAGGAAAAGAGGCGAGACUAAGUGUGGUGGUUUUAUACAGUUAUUUUAUUGUAUUUUAAAAAAUGAGAAUAAUAUCUUGCUUUUACCUUCUGGCAAAUAUAUUUAUUAUUUUAAAAUGGUGAAUCGAAUGGACUUUUGAGAAAGCCUCUGCAGUCGUUUCCCUGUGGAGCAAACGAAAAGCUAGUUGAGAAAAGGUUUGACGCUGUCGUUGACCAUUAAGUAGGGAAAGAAAGAGGUAUGCAAGACAAUAGCCUAUUAAUAUUGUUGUACUGAGCUGAAGUGACUUUAUAUUCCUGGGCAUUUAAUUAUCAUCAACUGUUAAUGAUGCUCUGGGUCUAGGCUUAAUUUAUGCUUGUGAGAUUACAAAGUCUUCAUCUGUUCCGUUCAAAGUCAUUUUUAGGUGACGUCAGGUUUGAAGACUGAACCAUGCUUCAUAAUUCAGUGUUUCAGUGCGUUUUCUUUCUGUUUUAGCAUUUCAGUCUUUACGGUAAAUUAAGCUACUCCUAAGGACCUUGUGGUAGAACAGUUGUAGAAUAUGUUUGUGAAUCCGCACACGAGUUGAAAAUCGUAACGUCAAAUGGUCUGAGUCAACCGCAUCGAUCCACAAACUGUCCAAAAAUGACUGAUGUCUUUUAUUUUCUUGAGAACAUAUCUGUUAGCCUCUCAAUAAACCCUGUUCUGAAGCCCUGGAGGGAUCACUUUCUGUGACGCUCAUGCUAUUCUCCGGUUCUUUUUCAUUAGUCUUUUUAUGUUGUUCAGUGGGUGUGGUUUAACCAGGCUUGCUCCACCCACCGGUUUGUAAAUAUACUUCAGUUUUUAAGCCCUGUGUAAGAUGUAAAUACAGACACUGUCCCACUUUUGUGUUUUCAUGAUGUCUUUCUCUCCCUUCAUCUCUCUUGGGCUGUCUUCUCUUAGCUCUGAAGAGCUCCACGUCCGUUUUGUUUGUCAUUUACAGUAUUUAUUGUUUUGCACUGUAAUGUUGGGGCUGAAAGUUUCACUUUUUUUGUGAAAUCGUAACCCUUGUCAGCGUACUGUAUGUCAGUUCAUAAGCUCAGCGCUCGAUUUGUGAGAAAUAGGGAUUCCAGUGUCCAGCAGGGUCAUGCUUUGUUCUUUACUUGAGCACAUUUGUGCAAAGGUGCACUGGAAGGCAUGCUCAUACGGUCUGUUUUUCAUGAAAAGGACGGUCUCUGAAGUGAAUCGGCUGCUUUGUGGAGGUUCUGCCAAUCUGGCUUGAAGCCUCAAAGACAGUGGAAUGUGUUUAUUCUUUAAUCUGACAUCUGUGAAUCAAGCCCACAGCAUCAUGCAUGUGUACUCUUAGAAAAAUGUGAUUAAAAAAAAAAUAUAUAUAUAUUUAAAUGUGUAUUUGCUUUGAAGUUUAUUUUCUUGUCCUUGAAGGCUUGUUAAAUGAAUUGAGACCAGCCUGGAAGUCUCUUCCCCUUCAUUGCUCCUAUAAUCCUGCACUACCCCCGCCUCUGCCUUAAGCCUGCCAUACAAACGUUAGUCUGUUAUUAUUACCUUUUUUUUGUUAAUUGUUGGAACUUUCUGCCUCAACGUUCUGGCCCAGGGGAAUCGUGUCCUGAGAGAGAGAGAGAGAGAGAGACGAAUGGAGAGAGCUUGUCAGAAUAAAUCAAACUCAUUUAAUAAAGUGACGAAACUGA